GUGCUUUUCUAGUUCUACUCACUUCGUCGUCCGGUGGUGCUGGCACGUUUGUUGGAACACGCGUCAGCCCAUUGACUCCGAUUUCGGCUUGUUCGAAGUAGACGGUCGUCUCCAUUUCUCGUCUCCAUCUUCUGCAAUGGAAUGUUGCGAUGCUGUUGGCGGCCCAUCCUCCAACUGGGCCGCCCAAGUCAUGCCCGACGUAAUCUGGUUCAGGGUCGGGGCACCUUGACUUCGCUUGCCAAACUCCACGCCUUUUUAUCCCCAGCAAACCUCACGUCCGCUGAGCCUGUCACUUAUGCACCCAAAGAUUUGUGCAAGCUAUACCUCGACGUCAAAGCGCUUCCUCCGCGCUCACAAGGACACCCCUUGACCCUUCAUGAACUGCAAGAGCUCAUUGUACUUUUCGGGUCUCUCUCCAUCCCCUCGCCUCAGCCUAAAACCACCUACAUUCACACUAUCGCUCCCUCUCUACCCUCGGCACCAUUCCGCACGUACUGGCAUCUGGUUCUCGAGUUGUGGGACCAGUAUGUACUUCGUGAUAAUCGCCGUGCACGCUCUGGCACUGUCGAAUAUUGGGUUAUGCGGGCACACCUUGCCUACAUGGAAGCAGAACCCAACUCUUCGGAUGAACACGCUUCACACGCCGUCUCACGCUACACCUACAUUCGAAAUAGUCCCGACCCCAACGUUCAUCUACCCUACUUCAGCAUCAUGCUCGAGCACCAUCGCUCCGCUCUUUCACGCACAGUGAAGCAGUUGUGUCGAUACCUUUCACAAAACCCCGCGCCCGAUCGCCGGGUUGUGGAACUAGUGUGGGCUCUCGCUCUGGGAAGAUACGGUGCUUUACCACCCGCGGCAGAAGGCCAUAUUUUCUCGAUGAUCUCCACGCGUUUGACGCGGCUUUCCGGAUCUUUGUCGCUGUCUCAGACGACAUACCAAAAUCCAGUCACUGUGGGGCAGCUUUGCGAGGCGUUUAUUGGAGCUAUUUUCGGCGUGUCCCAGCCGUCCCUUCCUACCGAUAUCGCCGACCGCGCAACUUGCGAAGUGCAGGGGGCUUUUGAUGCAUCGGUCUCGAUCAGCUCUCGUCGGAAGCACCUGAUGCUGCUGGCCCUCUACGCGUCUGCGAAAUCUUUAGGCAACAAUGAGAUUCCAGCUCAUCCCAAAGACGAAGAGGACGAGAGUAGAUGCGUUCUAUGGUGCACUUCACUCCCGUUGGCCAUCCUAGAGCGUAUCCCCACAGAAGCAGUGCCGUCUAAUGCUGUUCGACAAUUAUGGCAAAUGUGGAAGGGUGCUGGUUUGCUCCUGCCUCCCGCAAUCCACAUAACAACUGUGUCAUCUUUUCUGAGAUUGGCCACGAAGACGCGGGACCUGCCUCUAGUUAAUGCAUGCAGGAAUCAUUGCAUCACCCUUGCGAUAUGGAGUGAAGAACAGAGCGAUGUGCAGUCUAUAGGAAUGUUCGUGGACUACGCCUUGGCCCUCGUAGCCACCAGGGCCUCGGUGUCAUGGGCACAGGUCUUUUCUGUACUGCCUGAAAGUGACGCCUUGCGCAAGCAGGUCGCCGAAACACUCAUUGGCUGUCUUUUGCCCCACCAUGUCGACAGUGUUCGUGACCUGCACGAAUUCCUCCAGCAAGAAGGCAUUGAACUCCCUGCGGCUUCUGUGCUUCGAUUCCAACUGGAGAUGGCGAAGCAUGCAGACACUACCGGGGUCGCUAUUCAAGGUCUAGCGCAACUAAGCCCGGAGCAUCAGCAGUCCGUCCUCCACACCAUUCUCCGCACCCUUAGACGACAGCAUCAGACUCGAAUGGAAUCUUCCCUGGCAUUGCAGUUGGGAACCGCACUGAUAAGCUCGUUCGAUGUUCCAAAUUUUACUCCGGAAGAACCUUCUCUCCUCCAUGCACUGCUGGUACUCGCUGCUUCUCAACAAGGUCCUCGGGCGGUGAAGCUUGUGCGUAUACAGCGGGACAGAAACCUGUCGUCUCUGAGCAUGCGAUACAUGCUGCGGAUGAUGAGGGUGUUGACUAGGUAUCACCCGUCAGCCGCGAUUUCGCUUUUGGACGUAAUCGAGCACUUGCCACCGGUGGAUCGCAUCGAAUUUCGACGGAAACUGGUGCUGCGGUUGGCGCAGCGUGGUGCGCAUGCACUGGCGCGGAGGAUUUACGACAGUGGCGACUCAGUCGGCGGUCGAGAAGCUCUUGCCCGUCUCGAUGGCUUUCGGGUGAACGUUCGCUGGCGCCGUUCCCGAGCGGCCGUGCGAGCAGUUCUGCGGAUUGUUGCUGCGAGACGUUCUCACUGGAAAGAGGCCGUAGGCACGCUUUGCCGUCUCGGAGCUCUGGGUGCAGCUUCAGUCGUUGCUCGCAGGGCGGCAAAUGUCGGAAUGGAUCUGGAGGCGAGGACCUGGAUGGGGAACACGAUUUUGAAUGCAGCUCUGCAUAUGUGGCCGUCAGAACAGAACGAUGAGCUCUACCGGCAUUUACAAGCAAGAUCCGCUCGGUUGGCGCACACCGUAGGCUUUGUUGGCGACCGCGUGACGAUGAACAUCAUGCUCAAGGCCAUUCUCCAUCGCAACUCGUUGAUGACCGGGCCCCAUAUUCGUGAGCUGUUUGACCAUGUCGUUCGGUCGGGAUAUCCGGCCGCGGAUAGAUGGAGACGGGAGAACAACGUACCAUUUGGGUCGAAGCCGAGUCGUGUUGUGGGGUCUGAAACUCUCGACUCUGUGCAACCCUCCUCGGCCAUUGUAUUUGAACGGCACGUUCGGCCAUUGUACAGGUCAUUCAUCAAGGCACUUCACCUUCGAGGGGAUCACUUUGGGGCGAGGACUAUCAUUGGCAUCCUGGAUGACGAGCAGCAUGAUGUACUGGCCCGACGUCGGGAGCAGAGGUGAUUCGCGACUCGUGCCCGUCACUAGAACGUAGAAAAGUAGAGCUAGUAGCAUCACAUAGUAUAUUAGUGGGCAAAAAAGAAAGCUACGAGUGUUGAUUCGUGUUGACCGGAAAUAGUGGCUGGAACCAGUCAUACUUUCAGACUCAACUUUCAUGAGUGCUACCAAGAGGAAAUUGAGUGACGCCUUUGUCUCUCUUGAUCAGGCUGUGGAGCCUGCCCCACCGCUCAAACGGCAGAACACAGUCCGAUCUCUCUAUUCGACGUUGGCCAAGUACGGGGUGAAAUCCAAACCAUCACCGAAUCCGCGCGCGUCCUCCCUAUCCCGAAGUACACCUCAUCUCACGGCUAUUCUCAACCGUGCUGCUACCAAGACCCGCAAAGCCCUGCCCAAAUUUCUCUCGAGCGCCUCGGCACCACCCCUCCACCCGACGGCAGAAUACCGGCCCUCUUCACUCAACUCUUUCCUCGCGCGCCUAGAAACCUUCAAACUGUCCACCUAUGCGAACAAACCAGAACGGAUCAACCAUGUUGCUGCUGCGAAGUGUGGGUGGGUAAAUGAGGGAAAGGAUCGCUUGGUCUGCGGGUUGUGUGGCGUGUCUUGGGUCGUCGGUGGGCGAGAGGGCAUGUCGAAAGAUGCCGCGAAUGCUCUGGUAGAGAAACAACGUGUAUCACUGGUCGAGCAACAUAAGGCUGGCUGUCCAUGGAGAACGCGUCAAUGUGACCCGGACGUCUACCAAAUUCCCCUGAAAUCCCCGAGUGCUAUGGUCAGAGAUCUGAAAAAGAGCGCACGUGCCCUCGAGGCAGUCAUGGAUCGUGUCCAAGUCAAACACACGCUGACCCCCAGCCAAUUGACGGCAUUACGAUCCACCGUAGAAGCAUUCGUAGAUCCUUCCACCACCGAAGACGACAAGCCGGAGGAUGACACCCCGGCUUCCGAGCCGUCCGAGACGACUAUUUUGGCCGCUUUCUUCGGUUGGGCCCCAGCACCUGUCUCAUCUGACCGUCCUCGAACACUCUCGGCUUCUCGGACGCCGUCUCGGACGCCAUCUCGGACGGUUUCUCGUGCCAAUUCUCCUCUCCCGUCGUCGUUGCCUCAGAAUGCCAGCUUCACCUUCAGGGUAUCGACACCUUCACCUUUAUCUCGAAGCUCGGAACCUCGUACACCUCCACGCGAAUAUCUGCGCAGGAUAUCUGGUGGAGUGACGGCUUCCUUGACCACGAACAAGCGUGACAACCCGCUGGUGCAUUGCAAAUAUUGCCAGCGAACCAUCGGAUUAUGGGCUUUCUUGCUGCCAGAGGAGCCAACAAGCCCCAGCCCAUCGGACUCGGAGCGUCCGCGACAUGCGUUGCCGCCCAGACAGUUCGAUCUACUGAAAGAGCACCGGCCGACGUGUCCUUUCAUUGCACGAUCAAGCACGCUGCCGAUGCUCCCGAAUGAGUCCACCUCGUCCCUCGCAUCUUCAAGUGAAAUCGAGGGUUGGCGAGUUAUAUUGACUGUCAUUCUCCGCUAUGGUCAAGGCCAGCGCCAGCGCACGCGGAGAAGGACUGUCGUGGGCGACAGGCUCGAAACGCAAAUGGAGGUUGAAGACGAAGAAGCUGUCGUGGACAAUGUCGAAGCCAUGGUCACUGCAGCCAAAACACGCGGGCCGAACGGCGUUCUCAGUUACAUGAAGGGAAUUCUGGGUUGAUCUGCGAUCUUAUCUGCUUUGUUUGUUAUCGUGUAUGGUUUCGGCUCCUAUAUGAUGACUGGAUACGGAAUCUACUUUGCUUUCGGUCUCUCAUGGCGGCCUCCAUCUACCCAUCCAAACACCAUUUCGCGUCCGACUUCGUGGUGUCUGCUGGAUGCAUACUGUUCCGAAAAGAAAGCUCGGUGCUCCAGAUAUGUGUCCUCCACGACAUCAGGACAAACAAUUGGUUGCUACCUAAAGGGCGCAAGGACACUGGGGAGGCCAUUGAACACGCCGCAGUCCGAGAAACGUUCGAGGAAACAGGAUAUCCAUGCACUCUACUGCCCUGCAAGAUGCAGACACGCACGCCCCAGCAGGGAGUCAACCAAGUCGAGGGUGUGAGUGUCCAGGACGGCAUCACUGAACCGUUUGCAGUCACUGUUCGGGACAGAGGCAGCGCAGGGACUAAAUUCAUAUGGUGGUACAUUGCUCGGACCACGGGCCAAGACAAAGUCCUCGGAACACAAACUGCGACAGAGCUUUUCGAGUCUCAUUUCGUUCCAGCCGACGAGGCCAUUGGACGCCUGACGUUCGCCAACGACCGAGAUCUGGCCCGAAAAGCGCUCGAAAUAGUCCGGGAUGGGAAUGGGGAAGGGCUUUGAGAGAGAAAGAAACGCACUGGUCACCACCAUCCUGUACUCUUCUCUUUGUGCGCGCUGGGUCCUGCGAUAGGAUAUCCAGGUAUCUUGAUCGUUGCGCCCCGUUUGAGUUGGUCUGCUUCCCAUUCCAUGUCAUCCAGAUAACGAUCGAUAGCCAUCCCCUCGAUCUUCGAAGUUGAAGUCGUGCCCAGUUCCUUCUGCUUUAGAACGAAUGCGUCUUCUUCAUCCGAGGGCACGCCGUCCACCAAGGCUACAUACGCAUCUGCGACGCGCCAGUCUAUCUCUUUCGUCAGGGUCUGUAGACGCUUGGCCGCCCGUUCGCGAGUUCGCCUGACCUCACGGGCAUGUACUUCCGCAGGGUUCGGUGCGGUGUCGGAUGGCUGUAGCUUGGCCUGUGCGGACGGCGGAAGAUCUAGGAAGAUCCGGGUGUGAAGGAUGUGAGGCGUUGUGGUGAGUGUGCUCGGGGGGAGUUUGUUCAGGCGGCAGAGCUCGCGUCCCUGAACAGUUGAUGAGUUCAUGUGAACAAAUCUGGCCGUAGAAAGCGUACAUCUACACUGAGACGCAGUGCGAUUCCCUGUAAAGUGUCUCCUUUCUUGAUGUAAUACUUCGAGGACGAGGAGAUGGGUGUCGUCGAUGACGUCGUCGGUGGAGAAGGAUGGGCUGUGGGGAGCUCGGCUCCAUCGUCGUCCUCCGAAUCAUCAUCUCCAAGCACAUAGUUGUCUUCGUCUCGGACAGCUCCAUCGAAGUUCACAACGGCUGAGUCCACCGGCUUCGCCGAAACGACACCGAUGCCGCCAAGACACGCGAGGCACGGCUGAUAGCGAACCAAACGCGGGUUGUUCAAGAUGCAUGAGGGGCAAAUGGGGAGGUUGCAACAUGAGGUCCGGAAAAGAUCUGUAGGUUUGGGGGGAAGGGAAGAACAACAGGCUAAGCAGAGUUCGGAAGUACUCAUUGUGGUGGUCGGAAGUAAGUUAAUCAAAUUAGUGUCCAUCGAGGAUCUGGAUCACGUGGCUACAUCCAUCUUGCGCGCCGCGUUUACGAUGUCCACCCCGGAUGAAAUCGCAGCCCAACGAAUCUACGGCCCAAACGUGCUAUUCAACUCCUCUAUUCUUAGCGUCAAAUUUCUAUCCGCCUGCUUCGCGGGAGCUUUCGCAGGGAUCCUUGGACUCACAAAUUGGACUGGCUUCGGACUGUUCCUGUUCUCGACGGUCUUCACCACUUUUGUGAUAUCGUUUGUGAACUGCGGCGGGAAACCGGAGAAAUUUAUACCUGGAGGGUGGUGGGGGCUUUUCAACCCUGGUCAGGACAACGUGUCCACUUUCAUCCUGGUGUGGACGUUGUUCUAUGGUUAGUUCCUCCAAGUGUAUGACUAGAAGCCGGCAUCAACCAUGGAAAUAGUGGAGGACAGAUUGCAAACGACAUUUCAGGCAGGAUUAGGGCACAGUAAUUGAUUCUUGGACAGUUGAAUGACCACUUGGAAACGAUCUAUCUAUCGAAUAUCUAGGAGGGAACAUUGACCGUGUUGAACGUUGAACGACCCGUCCAUUUCAUCAAUAGCAUUUACCAAAUUCGAGUCUCGAGCAGGAGGUCGCUGCUGCCCUCGAGCCCAAUGCAGGCCUUAAGGAAGCUCUCAAGCGCAUUGCGCUGACGGUUGAGGCUGUUCACAACUUCAGUGCCAGGCUUGACCAACGGCGCCUUGAGCAUGUACGAAAGCAAGGAGAGCACCGCAUACAACGGCGCAAAUUCCUUCUCCGAAGCCUUUCGGUACUUCACACGGGUGAGCAACUCGGUGAGGAUGGUCAGGUCGAGGAUCAACGGAGUGGCGAGCAGCGAG